AUGUCUGCUCAACUACCCGACGGCAAGAGCUCCGACAUCGAGCUCACCCAGCCAAGCCACGAAGAAGCUGUGCAACAAACCAGACUGAACAGCAACGAAUGGAAAGGCGCUCUAUCUCUUCCUGCAUACCUGGGGAGAGAAGAACAUCUCGGCAAGCAGAAAUUGAUUCGCGAUGGAGGUCUUACGUCUUGGGCCUUAGUGACAAAAGACGGCAACCCUCGUGCUGUGCUUUCAAGUUGCGAGACCAUUCGCAAGAAGGCUCUUGUUGUCCAAGACGGCCAGAUCAAGGACGUCAUCUGCCACGGUGUGGCUAGUGUCUUUUGCCCUCCGGAGUAUCGUGGUAAGGGGUACGCGGGAAGGAUGAUUAGAGAUUUGGGUGAGAAACUGCAAAACUGGCAAACAGAAGGCCAGGAUUGUUUAUUCAGCGUCUUGUAUUCAGAUAUUGGAAAGCAAUUCUAUGCCGCCCAUCAGUGGAAGCCAUUCCCGUCUGCCCACAUCUCACUCCCUCCAUCGAAAGAUUCACCAGAUGUCUCUUUGCCAGAAGCUAAACCCCUGUACGCAAAUGACCUGGCCGAACUCUGCGCUAUCGAUCUGAGGUUGGUGCGUCAGAAGCUGAGUAAUGCAGCAGCCUCAGGCAAGACGAUCGCUUCGAUCAUACCUGAUGUCGAAACUUUCUCAUGGCAUCAUGCUCGCGAGGAAUUUGUAUCAAAUGAGCUGUAUGGUAAAGCUCCUGAGGUCAAGGGAGCUAUUGUCGGCACUGAGAAAGGCAAGCGAGUAUGGUGUGUCUGGAUGCGCACAUGGUACAACAGCGACCCUCAGAGCACCAAAGACAACACCAUGAACAUUCUUCGACUUGUAGUGGAAGACUCUGAAUACAUCGACUCAACCGUUGCAUCAGAUGAAGGCGUAGAGAAGGCCAAGGGUACAUAUGUGACUGCAGCCAUUGCAUCGCUCUUGGCUGCAGCUCAAGCAGACGCCAGCGAGUGGCACAUGGGCUCGGUCGAUAUCUGGAAUCCUACGUCUGCGACCUUAGCCGCCGCAAAGCAAUUGGUUUCGACAGUACAGGUUGUUCACCGCGAAAAGGACAGUAUCGCGAGCUUGAGGUGGUAUGGAGAGGGAGCAGUUGAUGAUGUGGAAUGGCUUGAUAACGAAAAGUAUGCUUGGUGCUGA